CAAUUCAUAAACCCUAAAAAAACAAACUUUAACAAAAAAAAAACACCAAAAAACCAAAACCCUCGCAUCUCUGUCUUUGUUCUCAUGGAAACGACAAGUUUGAUUCCUCAUGUUGGUGAAAACUACACCCUCAAGCUGAAAAACACCAUGCAAGAAAUUCUAUCAAAACUUCCCAAAGAAUCCCCUGAAUUUUCUCAUUCCAUUGAUGCAUUACAUGAACUGAUGCAAACCAAAGUUGACCCACCUUUUGAUGUGAUAUGGGUCUAUUCUGCAAUCAAAUUUGGUUGCAGAAAAUCUCUUAAAGGUGAUAACUUGGAACAAAUUUCAGCUGCAAAAGCACUUUUUCAGCUGAUUUCUGCUUGUUCAGCUUCUGUUGGUGGUUCAAAGAGUAUUGCUUUACUUGCUCCUGUUGUUUUUAUGAUACAUAGUGUUGUUAAGGAACUUUUUGAAUUGAAAAGGGAAAAGAAAGCAAUGAAGGAAGUGAAAUCUUUGGUUGAUAUGAUUCUUGGGUUUAUGAGUAUUUGUUGUAGUAAAAUUUCUGAAGAGGAAGAUUUGGAUUUGGUUUUGUCUUUGAAUGAUUUGGCUCGUCUUUGGGUCGAUGAUGAUGAUGAUGAUGCAAAUGAUGGGUUUGAAACGUUGUUGCCUCUUGUGAGUAGUGAUGUUUGUGGUUGGAUUUGUGGUGGAAAGUUUCAUGUUGGUUAUUUGGCUGGUGCUGUUAUGAUGGAAGUGUUUUUGCUUAAAUUGUGUCUGUUUUUUGAUAUGGGAAUGGAAAAGGGUGAAUUGGAAAUGUAUCUUAAGAGUUGGAGUGUUGGCUCAAUUUCUAGCUUUCAGAAUGUGUACUUUUUGGAGGUUCUUAUGAGGACAACAUUAGAGACAUCUUUGCCUCUGAACUCAAUACUGAAAGCUAAAGAUGAAUUUCUGUUAAAGAAAGUUUUGCUUGAUGCUGUACUAUUGGUGGAGUAUUCUUUUAUCUAUGAAAAUGCCAAGAACAUAAAAAGCCUUGCCUUGACCAGAUUGAUUCUUACACAUGUGGCUGUAGAGUAUCUUAGGGAAUUUGAUCAGAAUAGAAUCAUCUCUUAUAGUAAGGCAUUUUCUACUUCCAAUUUACCUUCACAAAUAAUUAAACUGGUUUCAAACCAGAAUGGUAUCGAGGAAAAUUCCGGCAAGACAUUUGGAUCCUCACCGAGAGCACUUAUAAAUUGGUUGCUGCGCCUUGAGAAUUUAGGAAUUAGAGUUUUUGAAGACGAUACUUUGAAAAGUCAUGCUAAGUUAUGUCCUGACAUUUCCCAAAUGGAGCAAUCCGCUGCUGGUACCUUAGACGACAAGGUAACAGAUGAAGGCCUUUUUUUUGUUGACAAUGUUGGAGAAGAGGAAAAUGCAGGUGAGGAGGAUAACCAAAGUAAAUUGAUUAGUGACGCGUUUGUAGCAGCUGCGCAAACUAUGAAGUCAAGUGACAAUGAAAGUCGAAAACGAAAAGGGAAAAGCAGUGGAAAGAAGGUUAAAUUUGUCAAGUAUGACCUUAAUCAAAAGUCUGUUCCGGUCAAAGGUGGGACUUCAGCUUCAAAUGACAGUUCAAGUGAUGAGAGUGAAGUGGAGGAUCCAAAUUCAGAUUCAGAUGCCUAAGCUUUAAGUUACAAACUGAUAUUCAGAUUCACAAUCAUGUUUUGCUAUUACAUGAUGGGAGGUCUUAGGGGCAGUGAGAAGUUACAUGUGGCCUCAUAUUUAAGUUUUGUCAUGAUUAUAUUUCCUGAGCUUGAUGAUUUAAUGCAAGGCAUGCUGUAACAAGUUUUGGCACAGUUACAUUUCAUUUAACAUUAGAACUAUCUUGUUGAGUUAGUA